GCCACGUAAACGUCAGGAAGGGAGGAAUCACAGCACUGUUUGCUAGCUGCCUCUUUUUACUCUGGUUAGUUUCACAUCUGCAAACCAAGGAUGUCUACAUGAUGCUACACCCGUUUUCCAGGCCUUCAAUGAGAUAUUCAGAGCUGUAAGAUGUCGAUGGUGUUGUUUGCCUCCGUGGUCCGGGUCGGAGACGGCCUGCCGCUCUCCGCAUCGACUGACUAUGAGCAGGACAAAGAGCUGCAGGAAACCAAGAAGAACCUGAAAGGUCUCUCCAAGAAACUCGGCCAGUUUCCCGACCGCUGCACACUGAAGACUGGACCAUAUAAUGUCAAUUUUACUAGCGCUCUGGGUGUUGGAUACUUGAUGGUGUGCACCGCAAACUACCCCAAUGUGCUGGCCUUCUGCUUCCUGGACGAGCUGCAGAAGGAGUUUAUCGUCACCUAUGACACCAAACGAAUCAGCAGUGCCGUGCGGCCGUACUCCUUUAUUGAAUUUGACACCUUCAUCCAGAAAACCAAACAGCGCUACAACAGCCCGCGCUCCCUGUCCACCAGGAUCAACCUGGCUGACAUGCAGACAGAGAUCAAGCUGCGACCGCCCUACCAGCUCUCCCAUGAGGACCUGCGGGCCAUCAACGGAUUCUCAAUGCACACGUCCUCUAAAUACAAAGGCAUAGCUCCCACUCAGAUGUUGGAGCCGGUGACUCUUCCAGGCAUCGUGUCCUGUGUGCUCAGCGUCCUCUGUGGAGGCCUGAACCUGCUGAGAGGAGUCCAUGCCAUAGAGAGCAUAUUACAGAAUGACGAUGAAGACUUUAAUUAUGUGAUUGCCUUCUUCCUCGGCACAGCAGCCUGUCUGUAUCAGUGCUACCUGUUUGCCUACUUCUCCAUCUGGAGAGACAGCAAGUCCUUCCUGGCGUUUGCACUCAUCUGCCUGUCCAACAUGUAUCUGUAUGAACUGAGAAACAUGUGGCAGAUCCUCUUCCAUGUGUCCGUGGGGGCCUUCAUGACUCUGCAGAUCAGACUGAGACAACCGCUGGGGAAAGCGCCGGACUACAACGUCUGACAUAAAGACUUUGAAACAACAACAAAAAGGACAAACAGACUGAUGAAGUCCGAUGUGUCGCACAUGGUCUGGACAUGCAGCAGAGACGGACCUGGACAUCCGGGGACGACAACAACAACAACAACAAAAAAAGAAUGGUCUCAGCUCCAAAAGAGAAACCAAAAACAUUGCCGCUUCAUCACAUCUCAGCACCAGCUGACAGUGACAGCGCUCAGUGUGGACGUGGAAGAACCCCUAACCCCCCCCCCCCCGGCCAUCAUCAUCGAUGGAACUACAUGGAAUGGUUUCAGGAGUAGUUUACUCCUCGCCUUUUUCCAACAAAGAUAUUUACAUUUACUCUCUGUCAUGGUGGCCAUAGUUCAGGACCAACUCUUUUUUUUUUUUUCUACGCAUAUUCUCCGUAAAUCAAUAUCAGACACAGCCUGUUAUAACUCAUACUGCUCAACUUUCAACCUGAAUCAUUCUAAAAACAGACACCGAUUCAAAACUAAGAUGACAUCCAGAAGAAGAGAUCUGUCAUUCAGACUGUUUUUUUGAAUGUUUUUCAAUUUAAAAAUGUUUUAAGAUUCCUCAAAGAAAGCUUACUAGAAUUUAAAAAACAUAAUAAUUGGGCAGAAUCUGAAUAUAUCAACACAUGGCUAGUUUACAAAAUCACUGCUGAAAUAAAAUGCGAGCUAAAACUAAUCUGACAAACUACAAUUGACGACUCUCUUUAGACAUGUCUUGGACCUUCCUUCAAUCCGGACCGUAGCGCUAACGUCUUUACUUGCUGUGGUAAAGCUUUAAGAUUGAUGCUUUCUGCAGACCUGUCAGAUCAAAACUGGGAGAUAUAAGUGGUAUUAUUCAACAGCUCGCCCACGCUUGGAGUUGCAUACUAAAGAAUAAGAAGGUCUUUAAGAUGCAGUGCUUUUAACUCUUUAACUCUUAAGAGUUUGAGCAUUUGAAACAUGGAAACAGCUUUCUGUGUUGGACAGUCUUUGAUACUCAAGUUAAAGACACAAGUCAUGGAGGUUCAAUACUAACCUUAUUCAGUUCAUCCUGGCCAUCAACAUAUGUAAACUUGACUGAAGGUCCAGGAGUGAUACUUUAAUAAUCCCUGGCUAAAAAAAUAAAUAAUGUUCAACAGAAUUUUCAACCAAUAGGACUGAAACAACUCCCUUGAGGAGAGGGGAACAUAGAAAGUCUUGGGCUUUUAAUCUCAAUGUACUUCUAUUCUGUUUACACCACCUUAUCCGACUCAUAUUCAGUAAAUCCAGUUUUCUUUUCUGCCUGUAACAUGCACUUUUGCACAUGUGUUCACAUGUACCUGGCCUUGUGCAGACGCUGGUGUUUGUCUUGAUUUUAAUACUAUGCAAUGCUGCCUUGUGUGUGUGUGUGUCUGUGUGUGUGUGUAUGUGUGUGUCUGCAUGUCUGUCAUUUCAGUUUUCGGUCUAUUCUGUAUUCAGGAGUCAUUGAUCAAACUUUAAUUUAACAGAUUCGUGUCAUAUUUUAGACAUUUAAUUUGACUAUUUAUUUAUUGACUGAUUGCUCUGUGACAUGUGGUCAGUGAAAAUUAUGCAAAUUGUGUGAGUUCAAUUUGUCAUUUUGUGAUUGCUUCACUUUUUUUUUUUUUUUUUUUUUUUUUUUUUAAGCAGAGGGGCGUCUAGCUGUCACAAAGAAACUCCAGUAGACAGAAACAGCCUGUUAGCAUUCAUACCCGACUUCCUCACCCACGCAGCCUCGAGCAUAUGCCAGUGUCAAGUGACUAUGUUAAUAAACAGGUCUGUGUUGGCAGCGGUAAAGAUGUGUCGCUGUGUUUUUGUCGAGGCCAGAGGCAGCCCGUGUCAUCUGAGCUGCCUCUGGCCUCAUGUUUUUGUUUUUUUUUUCCUCCCGUCGAGCCCCCGUGAUUGCAUCUGCCACUUAGGACGACAAAAACUCCCAGUGUCCUUUUUGAAAUGGACAUUGGCACAUUGCUCACAUUCAACAUAAUUACAGUCAGGAGGUGCUUCACUCUUUGCUGUGAGGCUGUGUGCGAUUUGUUCAGGGACUUAUUGGAAGAUUUCCUGUACAAAUAAUAGCAAACAAAUGGAGGAGAAUUGAGUCAUGCCAUUAUUGUCCAUUGUUCAUGAAACGCUCAAUAGUUGUGCCAAGAUCAUCUAAAUGUCCCUCUUUUUUUUUAAUGCUCUCUCUCUCUCUUACUGGAAGAAGUUUAAACUGAGAAUGAAAGGGAGUUCAUCCCCUGAAAUCCACUUAAUGUCCAUCUGGCAUCUAAACUAGAGAUCUGUCAGGGGGAUCGCUCGGAGACUUCAGGCUCUUAUGAAUCAUCGUUGUACUCUUGAACAGAGGGAACCACACCUACAUGACCUCAUGGCUUUCUUCAAAAUAUGGCUCCGACUUGAUUAGAUGUCAGUCGAGCCUCGCUGGCUCAGAUGGUUUGUGUUCACUUUCUCCUUCUCCAAGAGCAGUAGAUGUGUCCUGUGGGUGUGUUGCAUAAAAUAGACAGAGAGAGAAAUUCACAUUAUUUAAAAAAUACAUAAAAUACUGGUUAACACAAGGAAGGGGAGUGAAUGUGAUCAUUUCCAGGUCUUAAAAACUUACGAUUGAACUGCUGACAACCGAAUGUGUUUAUGUGUAUGUUGUGUUUUUUUUUUUUUACAUUUUAAUUUGUUUCAUUCAAAUGUGAUAUCAGGUCUCUUGAAGUCUCUGUCAUGAUGCGAGUACAAACACGAGGUGUGAAAACUUUAAAGUUAUAUUUCAUUUUAAAUUGAACACCUAAGAGUGCGUUUAGUUUUUAUGAAAUGUGUUGGAAAGCUGCAUAUUUGAGUGCGUCUGAUUUUUGUCCUGUUUUUUUUCCCUUCACAUUAGAACACAUUGAUUCAUGAUAGCAUCUUCUGCAGCCUGAAACAUAUCUGCUCUUUCAAGAGAACUCUUGUUUUUGUCUCCGAGCUGAGCAAGGGAACAUUAAAAAAAAUAAAUCUGAGACAUUAUCAUCA